AUGGAGCUCUCAACACACACGGCAGCAGUGCUGGAAGGCAUUGGUCAAUCUAUUAUCUUGAAGGCUCUUCCCAUACCGUCACCUGCUCCUGGCUCAGCAACCGUCAGAGUUUUGGCGACUACUGUCUCCCCCAACAGUAGAGCCGUCUUCGCGGGCAAGUUUGGGCCUGUCACAAUACGCACACCGGUUACCCCUUCGGGGCCUGCCAUUGCACGCAUCCAUAAUAUUGGCGUGGAUGCAACAUUUCUUCAGCCUGGUCAACUCGUCUUCACCGAUCUAUGGACACGUUCUAGGGACGAUCCAGACGAAAGUAUUUUGGCAGGAUAUAUUGGAGGAAACCAAAAGCUUGAAGCAGCGUGGGAACACGGUACAUUUGCGGAAUAUGCCAAUGUGCCACUGGAGCGAAUCUGGCCCUUGAAUGAGUCACGAGUUUGCAAAGCUAUGAACUACAGCUCCGAGGAACUCGUCCAUCUGGGGACUAUUAGCAUCGCCAUCGCGGGCUUGAUGGAUAUCAACGUCCUCCCGACCGAUACUGUGAUCGUUGCACCCGCCACAGGGACCUUUAGCGGCGCUGCUGUGCACGCAGCCUUGGCCAUGGGUGCUAGUGUUAUUGCAUGUGGACGGAACGAGGAAGCUCUGGCGCAUAUUACCAACACCUUCGAAAGCUCCGGCUGUCUAUCGACAGUGAAGCUGACUGGCGACGCACCCGGAGAUACUGCUGCGAUAAAGGCUAUUACCGGCAAGAAAGGUGCAGAUAAGUACAUUGAUUUUAUCCCCCCACAAGCUGCUGGCUCCGAACACAUCACUUCAUGCAUAUCAGCUCUGCGCCCGCACGGAAAAGCAGUUUUCAUGGGCGCUGUGUUCAGCAACCUUGAAAUACCGUAUACACUGAUUAUGAGGCACAACCUGACCGUACAGGGGCGGUACAUGUUUGACUAUCAUCAUGCCGAAUACGCUAUCAAAUUAUUGGAAACUGGUCGCCUCAUCUUGGGUGACCGACCAAACAGUGGUUUGAAGAUCCACACCUUCAAACUCCAGGAUAUCGAGAAAGCAAUCGACGCUGCCGCCACGACAUGUCGUGGUUGGGGAAAUUCAGUUGUCCUAAAACCUUGA